GGAUGAAACAACUUCCGUUUUCCACCCCUGUAGAUAACUUCCUGGAGAAAUUUGUCGAUAAUAAUUCCACAAAAUGGCCAGGGAAUACGAUCAUCUAUUCAAACUUCUAAUUAUUGGUGACAGUGGUGUCGGCAAGAGCAGUUUGCUGCUGAGAUUCGCUGACAAUACUUUCUCAGGAACGUAUAUCACGACAAUCGGGGUCGACUUCAAGAUACGAACAGUGGACGUGAACGGGGAAAAGGUCAAACUUCAGAUCUGGGAUACUGCAGGACAAGAGAGGUUCCGGACCAUUACAUCCACAUAUUACCGAGGCACACAUGGAGUGAUUGUCGUCUACGAUGUCUCAAGCGGCGAGUCCUUCGCAAAUGUCAAGAGAUGGCUACACGAGAUUGACCAGAACUGUGAUGUUGUUAAUAGGAUUCUAGUUGGUAACAAGGACGAUGACCCUGACAGAAAGGUGGUGUUGACUCAGGAUGCUCAGCGCUUUGCCGACCAGAUGGGUAUCCAGUUGUACGAGACGAGCGCCAAGGAAAACAUUAAUGUUGAAGAGAUGUUCCUAGCCAUUACGCGCCUGGUUUUAUCCACAAAGAAAGAGCAACAGAAGAAAGCGGCAGAUGCUCCCCAGACAAUAAAACUGGAUGGCCACAGAGGCAGCAAGAAGAAGAAGUGCUGCUAACAGAUCUAGGAUGUGUAGAUACUUUUAGUUUAACCAAUUCACUGUUGCCAACUGGUCGCCAUCUGCAGGAGAUGACAGAAGACAUGGCACUGGCGACAAUCAUUUCGAUCAAAUCACAGAAAGCCACACAUUGGUAGCAAGAUUAAGUUUAUUCCUUAAAAAUGCAUAUUUUUAGAGAAAGCUGUAACAUAAGUCACUGUAUAAAGAUACUUUUGCAAUUUAAAAUUUGAAUUUGUAUUUUUAGAUAAAGGUUUCGGUUUUUUGUAACAGAUCCUUUUACAAAUGUUUUAAGUAUUUUGCAUACAAUUGUAUAGACUUGUGUUUCAAAUCAUCAAAUAUGAACACGGAAUCACAGAAAAAAUUGUUAUUAAGAUAUUGCAGUGUAUAUAAAUUUGCAAGCAUGAGUUUGUACAUUCAAAGAGAUUUCAGUUUUCACCUUUUGUCAAUAUGAUUCUUCCUAAUUUUUCAUGUUGCUAUGACUACCUAUGUAUUUGCAGAUUUGCUCAGAAAACAAUCCUCUUCAAUUUUUCAUAAUCAUUCUUUUUCAACGGUUAAUGACAUUUGAUACAGGCAAUGUUGGUAUGUUGUUUAAUGCGUUAACAACUGCAUUCUACUGAAACGUGAGAGUUGGGUUUCUUUCUUGAAAGCCAAGAAUGUGUAUUGACCCCCAAGUUUCUGGAGACUGGAUGAUGUAUCCCUGCAGGCCAGUGAUCACUGGGUACGUGUGUUAUGCAUUUCACUGUCUGUUUAUAUUUCAAGCUUCAGAUGUUUUGCGUUCAUAUCAACUUUCUUGAAUAUAUGUGUAAAUCAUUUAAGUCUCAUAGUAAAUAAUGUGGACUCUUGUCCAGCUCUCAGCUCGGGCUGGCUGUGCUUGUGUAGUUUUUAACCCCAUAAGUCCAUCAGCUCUGAUGUUUGAGGUCAGUGUUGAACACAGAAAUAUCAGGGGAAUUCAGAACAAAACAUUAUAUAUACAAUUAAACCUUUUUUAUCCAGACAUUAUUGUUCCCAAUGAAGAGCCGGAUUAAUGAUGAAUGAAAAUAAGGUCCAUAUUUCCGCACCCUCUGGGAGCAUGCGCAAAGCACCACGAAUUAUUGAAUAAUGUGUUUGAUAGGGCUCCUUUAAGUACAUGGAAAUGUUCCAAGCAGGGAUCGUCCGGAAUGUGGGUUUUCUUGAUUAAAGGGGGUCCUGACUAAUGAGGGUUGGUGUACAUCUUAAAAUCUCCCAUACGCUUGCCGGUUCUUGUACCAGUUUAGUCUGAGUAUGUUGUAGCGCAGUCAAGGGAUUUGUUGGCACCAUGUGGGAGACUGCAAGUUGAAUGACAACCACAUGUACAGCAGAAUCAUAGUCAGCAAAUUCUUAGCAAUGUUUAUAUACAUGGUAUGAUCUUUUAUGUUGCCAUGGUAUCGCGUUAAGGAAUUCCUGUGUUCUGACCCCAAGACACCCUGAAAUGGAAGCUUUUGCAUGCCGGACUGGUUGCUGUAGCAUGGUAACAUGUAUGCCCCUUAAUCAAGGAAAAUGGGUCAAACUUUGAGGUUUUAAACUGACAUUGUUUCAACAGUGCCAUGUUACCUUUAACCACAUUAACAGGGCUGUUUAUUAUAAAGUUGAAAGUUGAUGCAAUCUCACUAAAAUCAGAUCUUAGUUUUCGCUAUUGCUAAAUAAAGAUUUGAGGACAUCCCAUUACGGGUCACAUCAGAACGACCUUCCAUCAGUUCAUCCAACCGUCAAAAUCAGAGCGUCGCUUACCAGAUCAUGAAAGUGACAGUCGGAAUGUGUUUUCUAAUCAUGCAACCACGAAGUAUUUAACACGGGGUAUUCUGAUCGACAGGUACGGUCAUUAUGAUUAUACCCAUACAAUCUAAGCCAUCUAUAAGCCAUUCCAGAAUGUUCUUCUUAUUAGUUUUAAUUUUUGUAAUCGAGAAUAUGUCAGAAUAUGUUUCGAAGCGUAGUUGCCAGUUUGAAACAAGUGUCAUAAAGCUCGAGAAAGCUGCCUUCUGAUUGGCUAAUGGCGAUUUCUUGUCAGUCAUUUCAUUGGUCGGUCAAAAUUCGCGAAAGGUCGCUCUGACGUGACCCGUAAUGGGAUAUCCUCAGAUCUUUGUUUAGCGGUAGGGAAAACUAAGAUCUGAUUUUAAUGAGAUUGAAGUUAAUGUUUAUGGGUGUUAAAAUCAUUGACGUGAUAUCAGCCAUAUUUUGUUAUACGCUGAAUUGUAAUACAUAUUUCCUUACAAUUUCAUUUUAUUAUAAAACACAUUGGACUAGUCAUGUUGUUUUUUUACCUUCAGUGUAAUUUGUUGUCAUUUGCCAACCGUUUCUCCCCUAAUAUAGGGAGUUGGUAGACUCCAUCUAUUCAAGUUGGCAAGUCCAAUGACAUUAUAGGGGGUAACAGGUUUCACUGAUCUCUGUUGUGUCAUAAUGUGUUCUCAUCUGUCUAUCAAGUCAUAAUCAGCUCUAGCAAAGUAAACUGGUACUUAAGUAUUAAAGAAGAUAUAUAAGUAUUAAAUCAUCUAAAGUGGUCUAUUGUAGAAGCUGGACUCAUGAUAUGAUUUCAACACUUGAUGUAUGAGCCGAGUAUGUGGAGUCCGUAUGACUCUCAGUCAGGGUGCAAGCCUACUUGGGCUACGGACACGAUGAACUUUGAACAAUAUUGCAAAACCCUGCUUAACCAUGGCUUUCUCUCCUCUCAUCUAAACAUCAUCCAAUGUCAGCAUGUUCACAUACAGGGUAGUGACAAGGACAGACAACCUGCUCAAACAAUGGCCAUAACACCCUAGUGCUGUAACAAUGACCAUAACAACCUAGUGCUGUAACAAUGGCCAUAACGCUCUAGUGCUGUAACAAUGGCCAUAACGCCCUAGUGCUGUAACAAUGGCCAUAACGCUCUAGGGCUGUAACAAUGGCCAUAACACCCUAGUGCUGUAACAAUGACCAUAACGCUCUAGUGCUGUAACAAUGGUCAUAACGCUCUAGUGCUGUAACAAUGGCCAUAACACCCUAGUGCUGUAACAAUGGCCAUAACGCUCUAGUGCUGUAACAAUGGCCAUAACGCUCUAGUGCUGUAACAAUGGCCAUAACGCUCUAGGGCUGUAACAAUGGCCAUAACGCCCUAGUGCUGUAACAAUGGCCAUAACGCUCUAGUGCUGUAACAAUGGCCAUAACGCUCUAGUGCUGUAACAAUGGCCAUAACGCUCUAGUGCUGUAACAAUGGCCAUAACGCUCUAGGGCUGUAACAAUGGCCAUAACGCUCUAGUGCUGUAACAAUGGCCAUAACGCUCUAGUGCUGUAACAAUGGUCAUAACACCCUAGUGCUGUAACAAUGGUCAUAACACCCUAGUGCUGUAACAAUGACCAUAACGCCCUAGUGCUGUAACAAUGGCCAUAACGCUCUAGUGCUGUAACAAUGGCCAUAACACCCUAGUGCUGUAACAAUGGUCAUAACACCCUAGUGCUGUAACAAUGGCCAUAACACCCUAGUGCUGUAACAAUGACCAUAACACCCUAGUGCUGUAACAAUGGUCAUAACACCCUAGUGCUGUAACAAUGGCCAUAACACCCUAGUGCUGUAACAAUGGCCAUAACACCCUAGUGCUGUAACAAUGGCCAUAACGCUCUAGUGAUGUAACAAUGGCCAUAACAACCUAGUGCUGUAACAAUGGCCAUAACACCCUAGUGCUGUAACAAUGGCCAUAACGCUCUAGGGCUGUAACAAUGGCCAUAACGCUCUAGUGCUGUAACAAUGGCCAUAACACCCUAGUGCUGUAACAAUGACCAUAACGCCCUAGUGCUGUAACAAUGGCCAUAACACCCUAGUGCUGUAACAAUGACCAUAACGCCCUAGUGCUGUAACAAUGGCCAUAACACCCUAGUGCUGUAACAAUGACCAUAACGCCCUAGUGCUGUAACAAUGGCCAUAACGCUCUAGUGCUGUAACAAUGGCCAUAACACCCUAGUGCUGUAACAAUGGUCAUAACACCCUAGUGCUGUAACAAUGGCCAUAACACCCUAGUGCUGUAACAAUGGCCAUAACACCCUAGUGCUGUAACAAUGGUCAUAACACCCUAGUGCUGUAACAAUGGCCAUAACACCCUAGUGCUGUAACAAUGGCCAUAACACCCUAGUGCUGUAACAAUGGCCAUAACACCCUAGUGCUGUAACAAUGGUCAUAACACCCUAGUGCUGUAACAAUGGCCAUAACACCCUAGUGCUGUAACAAUGGCCAUAACACCCUAGUGCUGUAACAAUGGCCAUAACACCCUAGUGCUGUAACAAUGGCCAUAACACCCUAGUGCUGUAACAAUGGCCAUAACACCCUAGUGCUGUAACAAUGGUCAUAACACCCUAGUGCUGUAACAAUGGUCAUAACACCCUAGUGCUGUAACAAUGGCCAUAACACCCUAGUGCUGUAACAAUGGCCAUAACACCCUAGUGCUGUAACAAUGGUCAUAACACCCUAGUGCUGUAACAAUGGUCAUAACACCCUAGUGCUGUAACAAUGGCCAUAACACCCUAGUGCUGUAACAAUGGCCAUAACACCCUAGUGCUGUAACAAUGGCCAUAACACCCUAGUGCUGUAACAAUGGCCAUAACACCCUAGUGCUGUAACAAUGGCCAUAACGCUCUAGGGCUGUAACAAUGGCCAUAACGCUCUAGUGCUGUAACAAUGGCCAUAACAACCUAGUGGUGUAACAAUGGCCAUAACAACCUAGUGCUGUAACAAUGGCCAUAACAACCUAGUGCUGUAACAAUGGCCAUAACGCUCUAGGGCUGUAACAAUGGCCAUAACAACCUAGUGGUGUAACAAUGGCCAUAACAACCUAGUGCUGUAACAAUGGCCAUAACACCCUAGUGCUGUAACAAUGGCCAUAACGCCCUAGUGCUGUAACAAUGGCCAUAACACCCUAGUGCUAUAACAAUGACCAUAAUGCCCCAGUCUGUAACAAUGACCAUAAUGCCCUAGUGAUGUAACAAUGGCCAUAAUGCCCUAGUGCUGUAACAGUGGCCAUAAUGCCCUAGUGAUGUAACAAUGACCAUAAUGCCCUAGUGCUGUAACAAUGACCAUAAUGCCCUAGAGCUGUAACAAUGGCCAUAAUGCCCUAGUGCUGUAACAAUGACCAUAAUGCCCUAGUGCUGUAACAAUGACCAUAAUGCCCUAGUGCUGUAACAAUGACCAUAAUGCCCUAGUGCUGUAACAGUGGCCAUAAUGCCCUAGUGCUGUAACAAUGACCAUAAUGCCCUAGUGCUGUAACAAUGGCCAUAACGCCCUAGUGCUGUAACAAUGGCCAAAAUGCCCUAGUGCUGUAACAAUGGCCAUCACCCCAUAGUGGUGUAUGAUGAGAUAUAUUUGGGAGGCAUUAAUAAGAACACUAACAGGAUUGGGUGGUAAGACCCGCUGACUUGGUUGAUGCAUGCCAUCUGGUCCAGACUCAAUUAUUUACAGACUGCCGUCAUAAAGCUGGAAUAUUGGUGCGUGCGGCUUUCAACAACAAACAAACAAAAAGUAAAAAAACAUUCCACAAUGACAUAAUGAUUGGUAAUAUUUUAUUAUUCUUGAAAAAGUGUUGCUUUCUAAAUCAAUCUUCUUUUGAAAGCUAUUUACAUGUACAAUGUACCAUAAUUAAUGUACUUAAUGACCCUGACCUUUUAUUAGGUCAAAUAUAUCGUGCAGUACUACAGAUCUGGCAAUUGUGCAACCUAGCAUAUUUGAAAAGGCAUUAAAAAAUGACAUAAAUACUAUUAGGUAUAAACUCUUACUGUAACAAUGUAUAUGAAAACUUUGUCAGCUUUUUUAUCUCAAGUUUUAUAAACUUGUAUGUAUCCUAUCCUUUCCACCUUAUUUAUGAAUAUCGAUAUGUUUUACAUACAUGUUACCAGGACUGCUUUGUCAUUAAUUUCCCUGUGCCAGGUUUAAAUGUAUUUCCCUAAAUAUAUCUCAAUAUCUAAAUAUUUACUCUGGAAUUCGUGAGUUGCCUCCCUUAGGCAUGCCAGAAUCCUAUGGACAUGGGUUCAAAUCCCAUUUCUCUCUGAUUAUGUCUCUAGGUUUCUCAGCACCAUACCCAUGCUUGUUGGUUUCACCAAAGUGGUAAACGUCCAAGACUUGCAUCAAUUCAGGUUUUCCUCCCACAUCAAGCGGACACGCUGAUAUGACUGAUAGAGUGUUCUAAACUAAAAGGCAACUAACAGGAUCGGGUGGUCAGGCUCGCUGACUUGUUUGAUGCAUGUCAUCGAUCCCAAUUGCGCGGAUCGAUGCUCAUGAUAUUAAUGACUAGAUUGUCUGGUCCAGACUCGAUUAUUUACAAACCGCCUUCAUAUAGCUGGAAUAUUGCUGAGUGCGGCGUAAAACAACAAACCAACAACAACAACCAACAAUUCUAAGCAGUGUUUAACCAAACUCACUCAUUUCCUCACAUCCAUGAGUGUACGAAAAAAACUCUCUAAAUGUUCAUGAUUUUUUCAGCUUCAACAUUAUUCAAACUUUUUUGGGACUCAAAAUUG